AUGGACAGUGAAACCGCCGGAGCCUUUCCUUGGAGCGUUGAGGUUAUACCUCCUAGCCGAACCAGGUCCGUCAUCAAAUCUGUGGACUCCGAGUCCGACAUUGAAACUGAUCGGACCGUUCGAAUCGGCAACAGAAGACCGGGGGCGUCCGUAUCCGUGAGGUGUGACGACAUGCGGUCAGUCGAUCCAGUUUCGGUCGAAAGCGUAUUUUACGUGUGCGGCGGGGACCGAGCUUUGUCCGGAACGCGAGUGAAAGCCGAGGGCACCAUUGUCGCCUCUCGUCAGGUCACGUUGCGAGGCGAAGCGUCCAUCUGCCACCACGUCGCCCACCUGCCGCCUGCAGGCUGCUGUUCGUGCUUCACGAUUCUGGUGAGGUUCGCAGUCGUAGAACACACAAAGGAGCUGAUCAAAUAUGGAAUCGCUUUGCUUGAAUUUUUUGUCUGCUUGAGGCAAUCUGCCAGUGGCUCCAUGACCACGAAGUAA